UGAAAAUUAAGUUAAAAUAUAAAAAAUUUUAGUUUUAAUAAAAAUCAAUAAACAAAUAAUGAUGAUAAUUUCUAGAAUAAAAAUUAUUUAUUUGAAUAAAUUGAAAAUUAAAUAUUCAAAAAAUAUUAGUAAUAAUAAAAAUAAUAUUUUUUAAUUAAAUAUACAUAAGAUCAAUAUCUAGAACUUAAUGAGAUAAAAGUGAAGAGCUUUUAAACUUUUUUUAUUAAUUAAUAUAGAUUUAAAUGAUAUUAAUAAAAAAAUUAAUAAUUACUUCUUCUAAUCUAUUAUAUUUUUUAACCUAUUAUAUCAUUUAUUUUUUUUUCAAAAAUAUUGAAUAGCAA